AUGGCCAAGGGGAAGACCACAUCCGUGCCCGCGAAGUCCAGGCCAAAAUCCAAGACAGCAAAAGGAUCUCCGGCCGAGACCGCACCUGGAGGGGCCUUGAAACUGCCAACCAGGACAGUCACACUGGACUUGCAGCAAAAAUGCCUGAACAUCUUUCGGGACACGUUCAGACCGGGCGAAGAUGAUACAGCGCUGCUGCAGGAGGUCAAAGGCCAUCUCUACAACCGGGACUUUGCCGCGGCCUUUGGCAAGGAAGAUUACCUACGCGUCUAUGCUUCUCGAUGGAGUCCGAGUCGAGCACUCGGGUACUUGCAGGUUCUGACGGAUAUCCACGAGCACAUCUCGGCAAACACGGAGGCCACUUGCAGCGAAGCGGAGAAGAAGGACAGGUUCAAGGCUGUUUGCAUAGGAGGAGGCGCUGGAGCCGAAGUGGUAGCAUUGGCCGGAUGGACGCGUUUGGCAGAAGGUCAAACAUCAGAUCGCCAGGUCAAGUCCAUCGAUUGCAGAUUGCUGGACAUUGCAGAUUGGAACACGGUUGUAGAAGACCUCCAAAAGGCAGUCACUACCCCACCGGAGCUGUCGAAGUAUGCAUCCGCGGCCGCAAAGGAGACCAACGUUGCGCUACUUGCUGGGAAUGCCUUCCGCGCCGAAUUCCACCAGACGGACGCUCUCAACAUGGCCGAAGAUCAAUGUCAAGAGCUGUUCGUCAACGUUGACUUGGUGACUCUCAUGUUCACCCUCAACGAGCUGUAUUCGACAUCCGUGCCUAAAACGCAGCAGAUGCUAGCGGAGAUCACGAAUAACAUAAGGCCAGGCGCACGACUGCUCGUCGUGGAUAGUUCUGGAAGCUAUUCGACCGUGUCGUUGGAUGGAGCGGAAAAGAAAUAUCCAAUGCAAUGGCUCCUGGAUUACACCUUGAUCGGCACCGCACAGAGUGGGGCGAGAGGAACGCCGCAAUGGGAGAAACUGGUCUCGGACGAGUCGAGAUGGUUCCGCUUACCUCAGGGCUUGAACUACCCCAUUGAGCUGGAAAAUAUGCGCUACCAGAUCCACCUCUACAGGAGAUUGACAGAUACCCAGCCUGGUUGA